AUGAAGAUUCCUUACAUUGGUGAUGUGAUGAAUAAAUUUGAGGUCCUUGGGAUUGUAGGAGAGGGAGCCUAUGGAGUGGUUUUGAAGUGCAGGCACAAGGAGACAAAAGAGCUUGUGGCUAUCAAGAAGUUCAAGGACAGCGAAGAGAAUGAGGAGGUCAAGGAGACAACACUGCGGGAGCUGAAGAUGCUCCGAACAUUAAAGCAGGAGAACAUUGUGGAGCUGAAGGAAGCUUUCCGUCGACGAGGCAAACUCUACCUGGUGUUUGAAUAUGUGGAGAAGAACAUGCUGGAGUUGCUGGAGGAAAUGCCCAAUGGUGCACCUCCAGAAAAAGUGCGAAACUACAUCUAUCAGUUAAUCAAAGCAAUCCACUGGUGUCACAAGAAUGAAAUUGUUCACCGGGACAUCAAGCCUGAAAAUCUCCUUAUCAGCUCUAAUGAUGUUCUCAAGUUGUGUGAUUUUGGCUUUGCCCGUAAUCUCUCAGAGGGAAGUGAUGCCAACUACACUGAGUAUGUGGCUACCAGGUGGUACAGAUCCCCUGAGCUCCUGCUGGGGGCGCCUUAUGGCAAGGCAGUGGAUAUGUGGUCAGUGGGCUGUAUCCUGGGGGAGCUCAGUGAUGGGCAGCCCCUCUUCCCAGGAGAAAGUGAGAUUGACCAGCUCUUCACCAUUCAGAAAGUGCUUGGACCACUGCCUCCUGAACAGAUGAAGCUCUUCUACAACAACCCACGCUUUGCUGGACUUAGGUUCCCUUCAGUGAGUCAUCCUCAGACACUAGAACGUAGAUAUCUGGGAAUCAUCAGUGGACUCAUGUUGGAUCUGAUGAAGAACUUGCUGCUGCUGAACCCCUCAGAGCGUUUUCUGACAGAGCAGUGCCUGAACCACCACGUCUUCCAGGCACUUCGUUUACAGGAGCGCCCUGCACCUCCUUCUCCCACACCUCCGCGUUCCUCGAAGAGAAAGCCCUACCACGGAGAUAACACCAUUCCCAGCAGGAGUCAUGGGAGUAAGAGUUCAGGUCACAGGCGCUCCAACAGUAAAGACUGCUCUAGCUUACCACGGCAUGAGGACCUUCAUCGCAGCACAGACAGCUUCCUCAAUGGCAGCAUGGCCGCUCCAUCCAGCCUUAGUCCCACGCUACACCCCAAGAACUACCCGCAGCAGAGCCUGAAUCGCUCUGCUUCCUGCAGCAAGGACUUGGCUAACAACAACCCCCACUUACUCAGCCCCAAAGAUGCGAAGGGCAAAACUGAGUUUGACUUUAACACGGCGCCCAAAGUGCCCGCAGAUGGCGUUGGGGCCAAGUACAUGAAGUCCAAGCCCAGCCGACACUCUUUCAUGGAGGGCAAGACCAACACGCUGCAGUCUGGGGAGAAGCAUAGCCGACACAGCUAUAUGGAGUCCUCACAUGGCUCCAUGCCCUCCUCCUCUAAGAGUGCCUCCUCUUUUCUCAACCUUUCCAAGAGCCAUGGGGCUCUUAGUGACGCCAAGUCUGUUGGCAACCUUGCUGAGGCCAGAUUGCAUGUGGAUGACCCGGGGUCAGGGUCAGGAUCACGCUACUUUCCAUCCAGCUGCAUGGACCUCAACAUGCCCGGCAGCCCUGCGGCUCGCCAUGGCGAUCGGACGGGUCACAGCCCAGCAGGCCGUGGGAACCCUCGUAUGGAGAGCGGCACCCUAGACUCCCGCCGUUCCUCUACCCGCAAGAAGACCCCGGAUGAGGCUAAGGCUCCAGAGACGCUGGACCCUGGAGGGGGUGCAGCUGGGACAGGGGGCCAUUCGCACUCCCUCUCGGCCCCUCACGAGUCCUUCCCGUAUGGUCUGGGUUACACCAGUCCUUUCUCCUCUCAGCAGCGCCCACACCGUCACUCCAUGUACGUACGGCGGGAGAGGCACAGACCUCACGGACAGGAGGCCAGCUUAGCGGUGGGGCAAGGUGUGCCAACGCGUGCCAGCAGCCUACAGCUUCUCUCUCCACAACUGCACGACCAGUCUCCCAAAGAGAAGGCCCACUCCCGUCCCCCGAUUAAAGACUCCACGCGGGACAACACAGCUUCCUUUCACGCACAGCGUCCCAAAAACGAGGUGGGUGUAUAUCACGAUCCUCACCCAGAGGACGGGACCUCCUCUAAGGAGAAUCGAAUCAUCUAUAGUGACUCCAUGCCCAGGAGAGUGGGCAGCUUCUACAGAGUGCCAUCACCCCGACCUGACAACACCUUCCACGACAGUGCUGCCCAAGUCCGCGGGCCACCCGUUCCAGGGGACAGUGGUGCAAUGACCAACCACCCAAAACGUCAAACUGCCUUUGACCCAUGGAAUAAUGCAGAGACAAUGGUCAUGAACCCACCAGAAGCUCCCAAACAGAAGGAGAAGCAGGGUUUUUUCAGAGCAAUAAAGAAGAAAAAGAAGAAGUCGCAAACAACGGAAGGCAGCGAUGGACGGAAUCCGAGCAUCAAGAAAAGCCUUUUCCCUCUGUUUAACUCAAAGAAUAGCUUAAAGCAUAACUCCUCUGUCAAAGUGCUUCCUGUUGUCUCCUCACCCAUGCCUGGCUCAGUCCUUUUCUACACAGGGGGCCAUCUGCUGUCGGCCCUUCUGGGGAAGCCUUUUAAUCUGGUCCCCAGUGAUGGCCAGGACCAGCUGGCAAUUCAAAGACCAGGGAAAUCCUCCUCACAUCACAGCAGCCGACACAGGAAUCGAGACCGUGACCGAGAACGGGAAAGGGACAGGGAUCGGGAACGCGAUCGUGACAGGGAGCGGAACCGGGAUCGUGAUCGUGAGAGGGAGCGGGAAAGAGAGCGAGACAGAGAAGUCGAAUGGCCUCCAGAGAAACUACCAGAUGCUCCACCUCCUCAGAAUCAGCCCUUAAAGUCCUUGCGGAAACUCUUGCACCUGUCCUCUCCCCCGACCUCAACCCAGACACCUCCCUCCUCAGAACUGCGCUUCCAGCCCCUCCCCAACCCCCAGUCCAAAGGGACCUUAACCGAGGGCCGGAGCCACCCCACUGGCAGUACCACGCCGACGCUCAAGAGCCGCAGCAAACCCACCUACCCUCUCCCAGGACAGAUUGAAUCCAGCUGGCACGUGUCCGCACUCAACCGUGCUGAAGGGACACCGUACCCAGACCAAAUGGCCAGCAAAGGCGGCCAGAACGGCCUCACCUUCAGUCGUCCCACUAGGUCACGGAUGCCAAACCUCAAUGACCUGAAAGAAACCGCAUUGUAG